GCAGCCCCCAAUUUUUGUCGGUCGGCCCCAGCGCCGCCGCCGCCCUCUGCGGUCUUGGGGGUCCAGGGUCCCAAAAAAUCUAGGCAAGGGGGAGAGAAUCACAUCUCGUCCUCCCCCUUCCUUCCAGUCCACCCGAUUUCCCUCCCCACCCGAUUCCCGAAUGUCCUGUGUCGUCGCCGGUUGGUUUCUCUGCAUGUAGAAGCCUCUGGCCUGGUGACCGCCGAAUCCGCCCUUUCGGCCUCCCGUCAGGAGUUUGGCGCGAAGACCCGGUGAAGAAGGACGGGGAAAGAGGAUCCAGGUGCGAAGCGUCACAAGCGCGUCGCCGGCCUGCCAUCUUCCCAGGGUGGAUCGAUUUCGGGGACAAUGCCGUCGAAAUUCAGUUACCAACCUUGUCGGGAAUUCAAUGUGGUCGUUCUGGGUGCAGGUGGCGUGGGGAAGAGCUGCUUGACUGCCCAGUUCGUGCACAACGAAUGGAUCGAGAGCUAUGACCCGACCAUUGAGGACUCGUACAGGACGCAGAGGGCCGUUGAUGGCCGUCAAGUAAUGUUGGAGAUUCUCGAUACAGCGGGCACGGAGCAAUUCGUUGCUAUGCGAGAUCUCUACAUGAAAACCGGUCAAGGCUUCCUCUUGGUAUUCAGCAUAGCCUCGAGGACCUCAUUCGAGGAACUGGAGACGCUCCGGGACGACAUAAUCCGCAUCAAGGAUGACGAGGACAUCCCGAUAGUGAUUGUCGGAAACAAAGCAGAUCUGGAAGAUCAACGAGCAGUGGAUCGUGCCAAGGCCUUUUCCCUCUCCCAGCGGUGGAGCGCGCCCUACUACGAAGCCAGCGCCAGGACACGGACCAACGUUGACGAGGCCUUCAUUGACCUUUGUCGACAGAUGCUGCGACGGGAUGACAACCCAGACGACAUGCGUGACGAUUCCUAUACUCUACGGGGAGACGACCCAGCAGCCAAGAGACGCCGCAGGAAGAGGCGGAAGGAGAAGUGUACCAUCUUAUGAGCUCGCAUUUUGCGCUCCUCAGCGUCUCGCAGGUUCCUCCAGCUUGGUCGGCCGGGUAAACCGGACAUGAGGCGAGCUAUGAACGAGGAUUGGUCUAUGGACGCCCGUCAUGAUGGAUAUGAACUCGGACCUUGAGGAGUUUGUUGUAUAGAUUCUAGCGCUUUGCGCUUUCUUCACAUGGAUUCAUUUUCCAACCUGGGCCG